ACCACGUGACUCCACCGGCAGCACGAUGCAAACCGGUCCUUUGUUUCACGUAAAUGUGAAGUUAUAAACACGACGCAGGUCCAUAAAUGACGUGAAAUUGUGCGUGUAAGAGCCAACAUGUCCGAGAAACGUAGGGCGCUUCCUGCGUGGAUGGAGAGGAAACAGGAGAAAGUCAAAGAGCCGCUGAAAAGCAGCAGGAAGCGAAAAACUGCGAGAUCUGCUUUCUACUGUAUGAACGAGGAGGAGCUGGUGGAAGCAGCUGUUUCGUGUCUUUCCUGCGGGGACCGUGAGGAUGCGGCGCUGCGGACUCACCAACAGGUUGAACAAAAGCCAGUGGACACCAUAAAGAAGAAAAGGAAACCUGUUAUUUCACACAUGACAGCAAAGCGUGGUAACUUAGAAGAGGAGUCCUCAGACGGCGGCGAUGACCUGGACAUGACGUAUGUUUCAGAAACAGACCUGGACAUCACAGAGGUGGAGACGGUACCAUACACCACGAGUCCACAUCAUGCUGGAUCUGAGGGUCAGAGGUCAGAACCGGUUCAGGAUCACGUUGAUCUGGAGGCGGAGAAAAGAAAGGAGCAGCCUCAGGAGGACGAUGCCUUACGUCUGGUCCGGGAAAUUUUCUUCACCUGAUGAUUGACUUUAUGAAUGUGUGCAGUUAGUGUGUUGCACUAAAUAAAAAAAACUCUUUGACAAUGACGUCGCUGGGAUGUAAAAUAUGGCAAAGAUCCACAGGGAGAGGACAUGAAGAGUGACACCAGUAAUUCACCAACACUUUUGCAUUAAAACAAGGUUUAAAUGCUUGUUAAUUCCAUCCAUCUAAUUAUCUAUACACCGCUUCAUCCUCAUUAGAGUCGGACAGGUCGCCAGUUUAUCAUAGGACUGCAUAUAGAGACAAACAAUCACACUUGCAUUCACACCUACAGACAAUUUAGAAUCAUCAGUUAACCUCAGCAUGUUUUUAGCCAGAGUACCUGGAGAAAACCCAUGCCUGCACAAAGAGAACAUGCAAACUCCAUGAAGAAAGAUCUCAGGCCAGGACGCAAAGCAGAGAUCUUCUAGCUGCAAGGCAACAGCGCUAACCACCACUCCACUGUGCAGCCCAAUUAAUUCAUCUAAUGACUUCUAUAAUCUCAUUUUGGUGAAACUUUACCAUCUUACAUUUAUAAAGCCUCCAGUUUUAAUGGAGUUAUUACCUCCUAGCAGCAGUUUCUGUUUGAUUCAACAUGAAAUUAUGACAACAAGAUAUUUCAUAAUGUUCCUGAAAACUUUAGUGAAACUGAACAAUUUGUUUUUGUUGCAAUAAGUCAAGGUUACAGCAGUUUGGAUCAUUGUAAAGUACAAAUCACAACAACUGUUUGGUGUUAGAGAAAUAAGUUUCCACCACAGUACCUGUUGACUGCAUCGUAGCUCUGUGGCAACUUUGCAUGGUGAAAACAGAUGUAGAAAUGCUUUACUGGUAUCAGAUUAAAGACAUUCAUAUUGAACUUAC